CUCAAGUCGAAAAGAAACUCCUCCCCUGCUCCUCCCAAAGCCUCGGCUCUAGAAGAGGAGGACAGGAGCGGGAGGCCGAGCACAGCUGCAACAGCACGAGCAGGGUCCUGUCCAAGGUUCUGGUCCUGUCGGAGACUCUUAUAUACGUGUCAGCAUGGAAGCAGAUCUGGCGCCUCUGAGAGAGGCGGUGAAGCAACAGGGGGAUCUGGUGGAACAGAUGAAGGCUCAGGGAGUCUCAGAGGUGGAGCUGGGGAAAGCCAUGGCUGAGCUGAAAGCCCGGAAGAAGGCGCUGGAGGCAAAGGAGCUGAUCCAGGCCAAAGAGGACACAGUGGACCGGGCCAAGUUGGAGGACACGCUGAAGAGGAAGUUCUUCUAUUGUCAAGCCUUUGCCAUCUACGGAGGGGUUAGCGGACUGUACGACUUCGGCCCCGUGGGAUGCGCCUUGAAGUGCAACAUCCUGCAAGUUUGGAGGAACGUCUUCAUCCACCAGGAGCAGGUCCUGGAGAUCGACUGCACCAUGUUGACCCCGGAGCCUGUCCUCAAGACGUCCGGCCAUGUGGACAAAUUUGCUGACUACAUGGUGAAAGAUUCUCAGACUGGGGACUGCUUCCGCGCUGACCACCUCCUGAAAGCCAACCUGAAGAAGUUGAUGUCUGAGAAGGACUGUUCAGCUGAGAAGGCAGCGGAGAUGGAGGACGUGAUCACGCAGAUGGACAACUACACCCAGAAGGAGCUGGGCGAUCUCUUUACGAAGUACAACGUCAAGUCUCCAGCCACAGGAAAUGACCUCACUCCUCCCAUCUCCUUCAACCUGAUGUUCCAGACGUCCAUCGGGCCAGGAGGGAACACUCCCGGCUAUCUGAGGCCUGAAACAGCGCAGGGAAUGUUUCUCAACUUCAAACGCCUGUUGGAGUUCAACCAGGGUAGGCUUCCCUUCGGUGCUGCUCAGAUCGGAAACUCCUUCAGGAAUGAGAUCUCUCCUCGCUCCGGACUCAUCCGUGUUCGAGAGUUCACCAUGGCCGAGGUCGAGUACUUUGUCGAUCCCAACGACAAGGUCCAUCCCAAGUUCCCCCUACUGGCUGACCUGGAGAUCCUCUUGUUCUCGUCAAAGGCGCAAACCAGCGGCCAGUCGGCACAAGUCAUGAGACUUGGAGAUGCUGUGGAGCAGGGGAUCAUCAACAACUCUGUCCUGGGUUACUACAUCGGGAAGAUCUACGUGUAUCUGCUGAAAGUCGGUCUGUCCAAGGACAAAGUGCGCUUCCGUCAGCACAUGGAGAACGAGAUGGCUCACUACGCCUGCGACUGCUGGGACGCUGAGUCGCUCACUUCCUAUGGCUGGAUUGAGAUUGUCGGCUGCGCUGACCGCUCCUGUUACGACCUGACGUGCCACUCCAGAGCAACAGGGGUCGCCCUGGUCGCUGAGAAGCCCCUGAAGGAACCCAAAGUUGUCAAUGUGGUGAAGUUUGAGGCCAACAAAGGAGCCGUCGGAAUGGCCUACAAGAAGGACGCGAAACCUCUGAUGGAAUUUCUUGAGCGGUGUGACGAGUGCUUCAUCUCGGAUCACGAGAAGCUCCUGAAUGAAAAAGGAGAGUUCACUGUGGAGGUAGAUGGGAAACCGUUCCACCUGACCAAAGACAUGGUCAGCGUGAAGAGAUUCCAGAAGACCAUCCAUGUGGAAGAGAUAGUUCCGAACGUCAUCGAGCCGUCCUUCGGCAUCGGCAGGAUCAUGUACUCCAUCUUCGAGCACACGUUUCACACUCGUCCCGGCGACGAACAGAGGACGUAUUUCAGCUUCCCAGCAUCAGUGGCUCCAUACAAAUGUGUCAUCCUCCCUCUGAGCCAGAAACAGGAGUUCAUGCCGUUUGUCCUGCAGCUGUCUGAUGAGAUGACCAAGCUCGGUGUGUCCCACAAGGUGGACGACUCCUCAGGAUCCAUCGGGCGGCGCUACGCCAGAGCUGAUGAGAUCGGGGUGCUCCUGGGCACCACCAUUGACUUCGACACUGUCAACAAGAGUCCUCACACAGCAACGCUGCGAGACCGCGACUCGAUGAGGCAGAUCAGAGUGGAGAUCGCCGAGUUGCCGCUCCUGGUUCGUGACCUGUCCAACGGGUCCAUGACCUGGGCCGAAGCUGAGAGCAAGUACCCCAUCUUUGAAGGACAAGAGACCGGCAAGAAUGAGUAACACAGACCUGAAUGUGGAUUUUCAAGGAACCAUUUUCUGUAUUUUUAUAUCUAGGAAAGAGCAAGACAGAAUAUCAUAGGGCACACCUGACAUAUAUUUAACAAAAGGGAACCUUUAUUUGUUAUGGCUGACAAUCGUUUUGUAAGGCUAUAUUGCUGUUGUUGUUACGGUUCAGUAUUCAGUAUAUACACAAUUCUCAAGUGUUUAUCUUCCUCAACUUUCCUAAUUAAAGAAUGAAGCGAAAGCCUGUGUCCUGUAUGA